AGAUAUCACCUGUCUCCGCGACUCGUUUCGCAUUCCUGUCCAAGACGUUCGUGCCGGGAAUACCUGCGCGUGCCUGCUACUUUUUAGCAUUCAGCGAUUGUCGCUUUGAUUGCCCCGGGACUGUUUUCAUCGUACUGUCAAGGUCCACUCAGCACUUACCAUGAAGUGGUGGCCAGUGUUUCUUUUGGUGUGGGCAGCGGUCUUGACGGUGGCAACAGCGGCGGAGGAGGAAGACUACUACAAGCUGUUGGGCGUCAAGCGCACGGCCUCUGAUCGGGAGAUCAAGAAGGCGUUCCGCAAGCUGGCCCUCAAGUACCACCCGGACAAGAACAAGGCACCAGACGCCGAGGAAAAGUUCAAGAAUAUCGCGCAAGCUUACGAGGUCCUGUCAGAUGCCGAGAAGCGCAAGAAGUAUGACCAAUUUGGCAGCUCCGCCUUCAAGCAAGGCGGCGACGGAGCCAACUCGCAGUUCCACGACUUCGACAUGCACGACUUCUUCCGCCACUUCGACGACGCCUUCAACUUCCACCAGCAGCAGCACGGCAGGGCGCACUUCCACCACGGCCAUCCCGACUUUGGCCAGCAGAAGCCCCACCAACACCAUCGCCACGGUGGCCCACACUCAUUCUUCGGCAACGCGUUCAACAUGGACGACCUCUUUUCCGACUUCGACGACGAACGUGACGGCUGGAUGGGUGGCGGUGGCGGGCCCUUCGGGGAAGUCUUCGGCGGUGGUGACUCCUUUGCGAGUUCGCACUUUGCGCGCCAUGCGCAGAAUCACCACAGCAACAUGUUUCACCAGCGGAGUGGUGGGCAAGGCCACUGCAAGACUGUCACGCAGAGAGUUGGCAACAUGGUGACAACGUACACCCAGUGCUCGUAAGAACCAAAGAAGCUUCGCGAGUGAGUCUCCCCGCGUUGAGCAAAAUCCAGGACUGCAAAUUUCAAGGUGCCCACAGCACGUGCUCACAGAAAGCACGUUGCCUGGAGCACUGUGCUCUGAUCUGUGAUGUUUGGGCUUGAGCCCGCGAUUUUCUACUGACUGCUGCUAUCUGGCUAUGGAUUUGUUUUGUUGUUUUAUAUUUUGUACAUACUCAAGUCUUUCCUUAGAACAUUCUUCCUUUUUUUUUGUUAGUAAAUCGUUUGCCUAUUGAAGGUUCUGACUGGCUGCAGCGCUAAAGAAACUUUAACAGCUGAAACUGUGUGAAUACAGGCAUAUGCGAUCAGCCAGUGCCACGAAAUCAGAUAAGUAUUAACAGGAUUACAGAGCCUUUCUAUAUACUUUGAUAAUUGAGCCACUGGGAGGAACAAAUAAUGUAGCGCGGCACUUGGCUCGGAGUAGCAAAAGUGAAAAUUAUUGCUGAAGGUGACGAUGUUUUGCCAUGUAUGUUGCUGUAUACAUAUGUAUGUAGCCAGCAGAACAGAUGCCUACAUUAUAUACCAGGUUAACUGUUUCAACAGAAACAGACAUUAAAGAUCACUUGUGGUAGAUUCGCAAUUCUCUCUCAUCACUUGGGCUAUUUGAACAGGCAGACGCCAGCUAAUAUACUUUCGCAAAUUAUCAUCUCAAUGAAUCGCCCUAGAGUAAGUGCGAAUUGUGGAAUCCAAUGUGAAGCAGUAACAGAGAGCUUAUAAGUAUUAACCGAACGAUUCUUUUCAUAUGCGUUUUGAGGACAUUAUUUACUGUAACUGGUGAUGUGCACAUCAUUUCUGCUUAAUGAAUACUAUUUUCUGUGCUGCUUGGGUACUAAUAUUACCUGCGCAUGAAAUGAAUUACAAAGAUUAUUAGUGAAAUCUGGUUAAUUAGCUAAUGUCACUGCGCAAUUCAUUUUGCAUGCAGCGUCUGUUUCUUCAAGUAAUCCAGCUGAUGUAAGAAAGUUGCGUUAUGUAGCACACUGGAAAUUUAAGUCUGUUUCAUCAAAAUAGACUACACAAUCUGAGCAAUGGUGAAUAGCGUUACGUAGUAGCCCUUGUGGCAGUAACACGUUGCUAGAACAUUGGUGUCAGAUUGGCACUUAACUUGUACAGUCUAAUGGUUAGUUAGUUGGGCAGCCAUGAUGCAAGCUCAUGCUGAUGGUGCUGGAAACAUAAAUCUGGUACUUACGCAGGUGUGUUAUGGACAUGUUUAGACGUCUUAUAGAUGGGUUAUAAAUGUGCACCUUCAUUUAUGUUUGGCCCAUUAUAACAUUUUAUUGGGACAAGAUUGAGAUGAGCAUAUGCUGAUGAUGCUACAUCAAUGUAAUUUUAAUGAAAACUGAAGGAAAAUCCGGUCCCCUUAGAUGAGCUACCUAGUGAGUUUGACUUCUUUGCAAUGUCGUCGAUUUCUUCUAGAUUUUCUGGAAAUCGCAGCACUAGUAGGAAACGGUUGUGUUUUUAUACUUAGUUUGUGUAUACGCUAAUCGUUGGGAUCCAAAGGUGUUGACCUCUUACUGUUUCGACCUCUUUGUUGAAGAAUUGUUAUUGAGGACUAAUAGUUUGCUGAAGUGGCUAGUAAUCUCCCGCAUUUCUUUUUUUACUCGCUUUAAGCGUGUGUUUAAAGAGCUGCAGACGUCUUUGCAGCAAACCGAGGUCAAGUGUCGUGCAACUAUUAGAGUUUUUGAGCAAUCAGACCCAAUUUAGGAGGUACUGACAGCAGUAUCACAAUUCCGGAGAACCGCCGCAUGCAAUAAUUUCUCUUUCAUAUCUGUGAAUUUACGUCACGCCUUGAAAGGCACUAGGCUGUCACUUGAGGACAUAGCUGAUUACACAGUACCGCCCUUGCUAUGAGAAUUAUUGUCCAGUUUUUCUCAUCUCAUACUACAGUCUGGUACAACUUUAGAAGGCAGCAACAUUUCCACCUCAGAGAGGGACGCACACAAUUCUGCACCAAUAAGCAUGCGCUCUGGAAUGACGUAAUAAGCCGGAUGAUCGGUGACCCCGCUAUUGGAGAACAUCACUGAGUACACGGGUGGGGCUGUUGCUUUGCCCACGGAGGCAGUCGGCUGCAGCGCUUCAGUCAUCUGGGCGGGGCCUCUUCUGCCUUCUUAAGUUGGAUCCGACUAUAUUACUGUAUGCAACUCUGAGUAGCAAACAGGAAUAGUUCUAGUUGUACUCCUGCAUUUAUUUUGCACGGCGAUUCAUCGCAAAUAUGAACUGCAUCACAGUGUUUUUGCAGUGCCACUUGGUGUAGUGGCCACGCAAGUUAUGCUAGAGAGACAAUCGUGCCUGUGGAAGGUAUUUGUUUCAUUUUGUGCUCUUGUACGCUCGGUGCUUAACGAGGUGUGUUGUCUGAUUCUUUUACUCUUGGGUCAUACCUUUAAUGAUCCAUUUCAACAUUUCCAUUGCUUCCAACUCUGUCAUUUCUAGCUGUCAUUUGGACACCGCUAUUAUCAGUGGCAUUGCCACGUGGCACCGGUGGUGACAUAAGAAUGAAAAAAAGCAACGAAAUGUUAGAUUAGCGUGACUUGAUUUAAGUCUCAUGCAUUCCAUCAACCUUUGCAUAGAUGGGAAAUAAGGAUAUUAUUAUUAUGAUGCAAGUCCUUCACUCACCUUUCGCCCAACGGAAAUGUAGUCAGUCAUACCUAUCAGAGUAUGCACGUAUAGUUUGUUUCUAUUUUGCCCAAAUUUAUUUGUUCGUUCACAAAUGCAAGUUUUUAAGUAUUAUUUAUUUACACCAAAUGGCCUUUAAAUGCUCUUUGUCAUCAUGGGGUUGGGGUGUAGCACCGUGUGUUUAUUUAGACACUUCCGUGUUGGUUGUGUUUUUCUUGUGUGUUUAGGAAGUGUCACACACUCCACUACAGCUCUGUACAUUUACCAUUCGUUGUAAAUAUUUGUACAUAGUGUUAGGUUUUUAAAAACUGUGUGAACUGUACAGUAGCCUUGUUGGCCCAAAAUAUUGAACCAUGCUUUGAUGCUGUUGGUUGCAGUGCUACUAGCCAAAAAGAGAGAAAAAAAGCAAAGGUUUUUACCUAAAGGAAUGAAGGCUUUUGCAACUCUCAUCUGCUAUACAAGUUUCAGUAGUUUACUUUGUAAAUCAACUUUUGUGUUGAAAAGGUUUUACUAAGUGGUCUAGUUAAAGGUACAGACACCAUUGCCUGUUCUCCAACUGCUGGUGUUUCAUUGACAUCUUGUCGGGUUUCGUUAGCUUUUGUGGCAGACUGCAGCAUGCGUUGUACUGGCAUAUAGCAGGUCAUUCUUACCAACACCGUCAUCAAUGUCCACAUUCGAAUUGUGGCAGAAUCUAAAGUGAACCAAGCAAUCAGCAUGCAACAAUGAACUCCAUGCAACCAAAACUAAUUUGCAGCCUUCCAUCUCAUCUCCAUGCUCCGUUCAGCUCUGAGAGAUGAGAAGGCACUGAUUAUGUUCACGACAAUAUAUAUAGUAGUACCAAUGAAAUGAGCCGGUGAAGUCCGAAAUUUAGUUAGUCUUGGCAUUCGAGGUCAAUGUCCGAAGCUUGUGAGAUGCUGUGACUUUUCUGCAUUUACUGAAGUCACAUGAGCGUUACAUGGUUGUGGUCAGAGUGACCUGUGUUCAGAAGAGAACAGUGCAGAAUUUUGUACAGUAUUCACUAGUGUACAUGAAGAAUCUAAUGCAUCAGAAGAGAGGUCCUUGUAUGCCAAACUAAGUUAUGAAUUCCGAAGGACAACUUUUAAUUGCACCUUUUGAUGCCCAAGAAAUCAUUCUGCCGCUGUGUGCUGCUUUUGAAUUGUCGUUUUGCACAAUUCACAAAUUACGAGUUGAGCAACCCAGAGCCUUUGAAAGCAGUGCUUUUAGUACUCUCUACUGAGCUUAAAUGUUGUAUUGCUGUAGUAUUUCUCGAGUUUGUUGUGCUUUGGAUUGUAAAGACUUUACUACCAACUGUCCGUUACAUUUAUUCUGUUGGCAUGUGCUGUUGAAAUAUGAAUGGCAGCAAUAAAAUGUUUAUGGUUCGUU